UUGUCCCUUCGGACAAGCUUGUCAUUGUCAUCAGGGCCGCUGACAGUCCUCUGUUGCCUCAACAGCGCUUGAGGUCGCUACUGAAGACAGUGUCCUGGCGUUCGAGCCCUCAACACUUGACCACAACAGCCCAUCGAGAUCCCGAACGUCAUGGCCACAGAUAUGACCACUUCAGUGUCAAGCAUCGGAAGCUUGAAAAGGAUUCCACAAUCAAGGCUGCAAGGGAAGGAAUGCUUGGGAAGAAGCAGUGCUUCAAAGACGCGUCAACAGCUCAAGUGGGCCCUAUAUACCUGCGCUGUCGUGUUCUGCUUGCAAGCUCUUACAGAAAUGGUCGACGCAGAACCAGUACUUGCGUCAAGUCUGGGCUUCUGCAAACCUGUUCCAGUGCUAAAGGGAGCUCCACUGCAUUGUUGUCUGCCUGCUCCCAGAAGAUUUCCAAUCAGAUUUAGAUUUCCGCGUAUACCUCGUACUUUCAGUGGUCGCCCAAUUCUCAGGGAGAGGAAACCCGCGCACAUUCUGCAAAACGACCCCGAGUAUGUCAGGAAGUACAAUCUAGCGUACGCUAGAAUGAAAGCCCUCCCGGACACUGAUCCCAGAAGUUUCCUCAAUCAGUGGAGGGUCCACUGCUCCUUCUGUAACGAGGCCUUCAGGCAGCGAAAGACUCCAGGCCCUCUCGGCCCAGAGACCGGGGUUCUGCUCCAGGUUCACUACAGCUGGACGUUUCUUCCGUGGCAUCGGAUGUAUCUGUACUACCACGAGAGAAUUCUCGCCAGUUUGAUUAAUGAUCCUACUUUCGCCCUUCCCUUCUGGAACUGGGACAACCAGUUGGACCAGGACGCAGCUAAGAUGCCCGCCAUGUUCCUUCCCAACUUCGGCAUUCCCAACGCUGCCCUCUUCGACGAGUUCAGAAACUCCAACCACUUCCCUCCCAAGCUUUUGUAUCUGGGAUACAACUCCAAGCUCGAAGCAGAAGGCCAACAGAAUCUAACGGACCAACAAAUCAAAUACGAGAACUUGUGUGUCAUGUACAACCAGGUGACCACGAAAAUCAGCGCUCGAGAUUUUCUCGGAGGACCUUACGUCGUUGGGACUGAUAAUUCUGCUGCAACUGUCAAUGUCAGCGCGGGUGAAACUCCCGGAGAAUCCGGCGGGAUGGAGAGUGUGCACAACGUAGCUCACGAGUGGACAGGGCUCAUCAAUGACCCUGAUCACCCUGACAACGAAGACAUGGGCAAUUUCAUCUACGCCGCUCGGGAUCCCAUUUUCUACACUCAUCACUCCAACGUCGAUCGCCUAUGGGACGUAUGGAAAACCAUCCCCGACAAGGUCACGAAAUCCGGAGACAGGAAGAGAAUGGACUUCAUGUCCAGGGACUUUCUGGACACCGAGUUCACUUUCUUCGACGAAAAUCAGGAUAUGGUGAUCGUCAAGGUGAGGGACAGCCUUGACAGCUCCAAGCUGGGGUACAAGUACACAGACGUUAGUGAAUCUGACAAUAUGUGGAUAUAUUAUGAGCCCCUGCCUGCCCAGGAGUCCUCCAAGACCUGUAAUUCCAGUGAGUAUCCUGCACCGGUUCCAUCAGGAUACAACUACAUUGGCAUGGAUCCUGUAAGUUUUAAGCUGGAUCGUCGAGCUCCAACUACCAAAGAUUGUCGAGAUAAGGGAGUGAAGAGUGUGGAUCAGUUGCAGGAGGACGUGGUGCUGGAGAGGGUGAAGAUCCCGCAUUCAGAAUACGCCAGAUUUGACGUGUUCAUCAAUUACCCGGCAGCUAAUCGGCGGACCCGUCUCUACAUGUCGGAGUUUGUGGGUACGUUCACACAUCUACCGAGUGGCAUGGUGGACAUGAGCAAAUCUGUUUCUGAAUCGGCGAGCGAAUCAGACGACAAGUUCCGAAUUGUAACCAUCCGCUACUCCGUCAAUGCCGCUCUGAAACGACUGGGCAUCACAGAUUACAACACUGACAUCGUAGUGACUAUAGUCUCAAAGGGCGCGAGGAACAGCAGCCCGAAGACCGGGUUUACUUUCUCCAACCUCAAACAAGACUUCCAGUAACCAUGACGAGCUGCCGUGUCCAAGUUCACGUUAGCCGCGGCUUCCACAUUCAAGGUCCAUAUGGAUGGCCCCUUAGUUUCUACAUUUAAUUUGUCUCUUCACAAUCGAAUGCAAUAAGUCCUCCUACUGCUGUAAGACUGAACUCAGCAGCAUCGAUUAGCAGCUCCGAGUUAAGCUGUAAAAUGGAGUGAACAACUUGUCAUCCACAUCAGCUCAUAUUGGAGGUCCAAUCCACACUCUCAGUGAUAUCUUCGCAACUUGCUUCUCAUUAGACUAUUUUGACUGGAGAUACAUACAGUCAUGCAUACUCAGCAAUAAAAUUAGCAAGAUCAUCACUCAGCAGUGUCGAUGCCGUUGGAGUAGAAAGGUUUCUAUACUUAGCCAGACUCCUUCGACUGAUUGUUUGCAUCGGAUGCCAGGCUUUCAUUUUCACUGCCUUUAUCGGGGUUCUUUUCCAUCUUUUCCCUCACGGUUUCUUUGUUAAAUUGAAUGAUUUUCUAGGAUUCAUACAACAAUAAAAUUUCAACACUUUUCUGUCAUCG